AUAACGCACCCUAACCAUAAAUAGCGCUGGAGGCCCCGGCAUACAUACGUACAUGUUGAACCAUAUCUUCUGCGCAGAUCAUUAUAUAAGGCGAUGGAGUUAAGCGACACGACUUGCGUAGAACUGUGCAGCAGUCUAACAACGAGAGACCCUGACGCGCCCGAGCACACGGCAGACCGGACACAACAGGACACAACCCUCGGCAUGAACGCUGUGUCAGUGCCAUCCCGUGUGGAGCGGCAGAAGAGGGACUACCAGUCGCUGUUGGCACUGCUGGCCCGCCGCAUAACCCAGCGGCAGCUCGCCCAGAUGAUGCUCCUGUCCACACAGUUCCACACCCAGUCCGAGUGGGAGACGCUCGCCCAGGACACCACCUUCGACAAGCUGGUAGCCUCGCUACAAGACAAGGAGCUGCUGUCGGAACAGAAGACAAACGUGCUGAAGAACAUGUUGAUUCAGAUAGACAGCGUGAAGCCGGACGUGUUGACCAAGAUCAGGGAGUACGAGGCUAGGUACGGCAGCCUCGUGCAGACGUCGCAACCCAUCACAAAACCCGUGUUGUACCAGGGCCGCUCCUGGUACUAAGGACUAGACUAUUGGCGUUUCUGUGGGGAAGGGGACAUUCACGGUCAAGCUGCUUCCUUAGAACUUCAACACAAAUCAAAAUCAUUACAUGAGGUAGAUUCUACAAUUGAUCGCAACAGAGGCGUACUGAUGGUCUCCUGAGACUGGACUGCCAAAGAAGAAGGAGAAAGGACGACUGGGCUUGCAAACGGUCCAGGUUUCGUCCACUCAAUACCAAAGGCUUGUAUUAAUUUUGCUACCAUGUAAUCGGCCCUGAUUGUCUUCCUGAAGGACUGGGGCGAGGCCACAGGCAAACACACUGAUCAUGCAUGACUGUUAAGUGCGUAUGGGGUCCUGGAUCCUGAAGAGUCGUGUGGCCAUAUUGACAUACGCCAGUGCGUGAUCAUCACGGGACAGGACUCGUGGUGAAUGGUUAGAUCAUAAAUAAAUAUUUGCGUUCAAAACAUACAAAAUGAACGUCAGAUCAUUUAGACAAAAUCAAGUCUAAAAGGACAGACAAGGGAUGGGUAAGGGAACGAGGGUGAAAAGUCCAAUCAAGAGAUGCCUUUCACAGGUUUACAAAGUAAUCUACUACCUUAUACAAUAGACGUCCGCGUCCUUUUCUGUCCAUCAUGUUUCCAUAGACUAUAAGUCGUACCUACGCAUAAGAAGUUUGUCUAAUGUCAAAAAGAAAAAAAACGCUCAAAGUGUCACAAUUACCUAGGGUCAGUCACCGAAACAAUUGUGAAACUACAAGGGCUGAUGCUGAUGUUUUGAAAUGAAUUUAAGCGGCAUCUAUUGUACCGUUGGCCAUCAUAGAUUAUAACUAAUUGUAAGCCUAACGGUGAUCUAUAAAUGUUUGAAAUUUA